UAAAUUUUCAUUCACCAAAAAAGGAAGAAAGGAAACAUAUUGUUUUCAGUUCUUUUAAUUGCAGACAUUACAAGCUUUUUAUUUGAGCCCCUUCUAUGGAGAAAAUGCAAUUGUCACCAUUGAGAAAUGUCACGAGGCAGAAAACAGAAAAGCCUAAAACCGGAAGGGUAUGGAAAUUGAAGCUUAAUGUUACUUGGCAGCGUAUCAAAAAAGCCUUGAAAUCCACUCUGAGACAUCGCUUUCAUCUUCAGCUGGCUUCAAAUUUGGACAGACUUUCAACUCUGAAAUUUCAUAAUCAUGAUCUGGCUGUCAUUAGGCCAAUUCGACAUUUAAUGAAAAAGAAAAAGACAUUUCGUCCCACGAUGCCGUUAGGGCAACUCAUUCAAUUGCCUUGUACAGCAGCAGAUUUCAUCGACCGAGGUGAUGUUAUGACUCCUACAAAGUCCCCAAUGGAGAAUAUAUCCACACGAUGGCGUGAGCUUCAUGGUUUGCACAAUUGGGAUGGUCUCAUUGAGCCUCUCCACCCUUGGCUUAGGCGUGAGAUUGUCAAGUAUGGAGAAUUCGUUGAAGCCACUUACGAUGCUUUUGACUUUGAUCCUUUAUCAGAGUUUUGUGGAAGCUGUAGAUACAAUCGGCACAAACUCUUUGACGAACUAGGCCUUACUAAACAUGUUUACAAGGUUACCAAGUACAUUUACGCCAUGUCCCAUGUCGAUGUUCCUGAAUGGUUCGAGAGGUCUUAUCGUACUUGGAGCAAGGAUUCCAACUGGAUGGGAUACGUUGCAGUCAGUGAUGAUGCCGAAACCUCAAGAAUUGGGAGGAGAGACAUCCUGGUGGCAUGGCGGGGCACGGUGGCUCCAACCGAGUGGUGCACUGACCUCAAAACAAGUCUGAAGCCUCUUGGAAAAACCAAUAUCAAGGUCCAACUUGGAUUCCUUAGCAUCUACAGUUCCAAGGGUGAGUAUACAAGGUACAACAAGCUGAGUGCAUCUGAACAAGUCAUGGAAGAAAUCAGAAGGCUUGUUAAAUUUUUCAGAGACACAGGCGAGGAAGUAAGCUUGACACUCUGUGGCCAUAGCCUUGGCGGUGCCUUGGCACUCCUCAACGCCUAUGACGCUGCAACUUACUUCCCUGACCUCCUCAUUAGUGUCAUCACUUUCGGUGCACCGAGAGUUGGAAACAUACAUUUCAAGGAGAAGCUCAACGAACUGGGAGUCAAGACACUAAGGGUUGUUGUUAAGCAAGAUAUAGUCCCAAAAUUGCCAGGAUUUAUACUUAACACCAUUCUUAACAAGUUUACAACAGUUACUGGAAGAUUGAAAUGGAUUUUCAGGCACGUCGGAACACAAUUGAAGCUUGAUGCGCACAUGUCACCCUAUUUAAGGCGUGAUCCUGAUUAUACAGGGUCUCAUAAUUUGGAGACUUACCUCCAUCUGUUAGAUGGAUACAUUAGCAAGACAUCAAAGUUUCAUUGGAAUGCAAGAAGAGAUGUUGCCUUGGUGAACAAGACAACUGAUAUGUUGAUAAAGGAAUUAAGGAUCCCAGAGUUUUGGUACGAAAAGCCAUUCAAGGGACUUGUUCUGAACAAAUAUGGUAGAUGGGUUAAACCAGGGAGACAACCUGAACACAUUCCUUCUCCACUUAGCAUUGGAUCCAACAAUGAGUACCCUUAGUUUUAGACAAAUGUUGAUUUGAGAAAGAUGCCCAUUAAAAAAAAUGAAUGUAGAGUCCAAUUUUUAGUGUUUUCUUUUUUCCUUUUUUUCUGUUGAUAAUUCAUAUAAGAUUCAUUUAUUUGUUCAACAUCUGAUCCGUAAAAGCUCUUCAACAUUGAGGUUUUGCUUUGUCAUCUUGUUCCACAAAAUAUUCAAUUUUUUAGUACUUUAGUUACAUUUCGAUUUCACAGUAUUUGAGUAAAACAAG